AUGUGGUGGAUAAACAGUGCUCUGGUGAAUUCAAUGUGGUUUACUGCCGUGAUCCGUAUAGACUCUGGUGCCAGUGCAACAUUGAACAGUUUGACAGGUCCUAUUGUUUUGGCUCGUACUCGAGCUCCUGAUCUUGAAAGUGUUCGAAAGCUUAAUUGCUGGGGUUCAGAGAUAGAUGAUAUCAGCAUUGUAAGAGAAAUGCCAAAUUUAGAAAUAUGUAGUGUCAGUGUAAAUGACAUCAUUACUUUGAAAGAGUUUGAAGUAUGUGAGAACCUACAAGAACUGUACAUAAGGAAUAAUAAAAUACAGGAGUUAACAGAUAUAUGCUAUCUUAAAGGCUUGGAAAAGUUACGCAUCCUUUGGCUCUCAGAUAAUCCUUGUGCGGUGGGGGACAACUAUAGAAUGACAGUGAUCAGAAAUUUACCUCAGUUACAAAAGCUUGAUUAUAUUGUUAUAAAGGAUGGUGAGAAAACUGCUGCUAAAAAUCAAGGGGAGGAACUCUCACUGCCUGAUCAAGACCAAGGGAGUGAACCCAGUGAAGAAAAGCCAGUGAGCAAUGGGGAGGCAAUUGCUGGUGGAGAUUCAGAAAGUAAUGAUAUGAAAAAAUUACCAAAAGAUCCAGUGACAUUAAGCUGGGAGGAAACAAAUAACAUACGAGAACAACAAGGCUUAAAGCCGUUACCUAUAGAGAAAAUAGGCUCACCGAAAUCUGCACCUACUCAUUCUACCAGGACCAGGAAUGCCCAUGUGUUACAAGCAGUGCUUCUUGUAAAAGAACUAGACAGAGAUAGUCUGGAGAUUGUGGAAACUGCCAUCAGAAAAAGACUUCAUACAUUAUGAGAUUAUAGCAGUCACAGAUGGUCAACAAAAAUCCGAAGUCUAGCCAGAUAAGCAUUUAUGAAGGUCAAAGGUCGGUCAGUAAUAGAGAUCUUGACCUUUCAACUUUGCUGUACUCCUGUUGUUUAUCAUGUGACAAUGUUGUGUGUUAGAUCUAUUGAUAUCUUCUGCAAAGAUAAGUUAAGAACAGAUUUUAAAAAGGUAUGGGUAAUGUUUUUUGAGAAGGUUGCUAUAAGAGUAUGGUAGGUGUUUUAAAUGUAUUCCUGACGAAUGAUGCUACACUG